CUCACUUCCGGCCGUCGCACUUCCGGCCUGUGGCGCGCAUGUAGCUGAGCUCGCGGCGGCUGGGCACGUGGCCGCACCAUGCUGGUGCUGUUCGAGACAGGGGCCGGCUACGCUAUCUUCAAGGUCCUGGAUGAGAAGAAGCUCCAAGAAGUUGACAGCUUAUGGAAAGAAUUUGAAACUCCUGAAAAAGCAAACAAAAUAGUGAAGCUGAAACAUUUUGAAAAGUUUCAGGAUACAACAGAAGCACUUGCUGCAUCCACAGCUCUGGUAGAAGGCAAACUCAGCAAGAACUUGAAGAAAAUUCUGAAGAAGAUAGUAGCAAAAGAUGCCCAUGAGCAACUGGCUAUAGCAGAUGCCAAACUUGGAGGUGUCAUAAAGGACAAACUGAACUUAAGUUGUAUCCAUAGUCCAAUGGUUACAGAGUUGAUGAGGGGCAUACGUUCACAAAUUGAGGGGCUUAUCACAGGCCUUCCUUCACGGGAAAUGGCAGCAAUGUGCCUAGGAUUGGCACACAGCCUCUCCCGAUACAAGUUGAAAUUCAGUCCAGACAAAGUGGAUACAAUGAUCGUCCAGGCAAUCUCCCUUCUUGAUGAUCUGGAUAAAGAGCUGAAUAACUAUAUCAUGCGUUGUAGGGAAUGGUAUGGCUGGCACUUCCCUGAACUGGGCAAGAUCAUUACAGAUAACUUAACAUACUGUAAAUGUGUGCAGAAAGUCGGAGACAGAAAAAACUUUUCUUCCUCUGACCUCUCUGACAUCCUGCCUGAGGAGAUUGAGGUGGAUGUGAAGGCUGCUGCAGAGAUCUCCAUGGGGACAGAAGUAUCAGAAGAAGACAUAAGCAAUAUACUGCAUCUCUGUGAGCAGGUGAUUGAAAUCUCAGAGUACCGUACACAGCUGUAUGACUAUCUGAAGAACAGAAUGAUGGCCAUCGCACCUAACCUCACUGUCAUGGUUGGGGAAUUGGUUGGAGCAAGGCUUAUUGCACAUGCAGGUUCCCUUUUGAAUCUGGCGAAACACCCAGCUUCCACUGUUCAGAUUCUGGGUGCUGAGAAAGCACUCUUCCGGGCCUUGAAGUCUAAGCGAGACACACCCAAGUUUGGCCUCAUCUAUCAUGCUUCCCUUGUGGGUCAAACAACACCCAAGAACAAAGGAAAGAUCUCUCGAAUGCUAGCAGCCAAAACAGCCUUGUCUAUUCGGUAUGAUGCCCUUGGAGAGGACAGCAGUGCUGAACUGGGAGCUGAGAGCAGAUUAAAAGUAGAGACCAGAAUGAGACAGUUAGAAGAGAAGGGGAUAAGAAGAAUAAGUGGCACAGGAAAGGCCUUGGCCAGGGCAGACAAAUAUCAGCACAAGAGUGAAGUGAAAACAUUUGACCCAUCUGGUGACUCUACGCUUCCUACUGUUGCAAAGAAGCGCAAAAUUGAGGAGGUGGAAGAAGAGGAGACAGAGGUUAAAAUAAAAGCAAAGAAGAUCAAACUGGAACCCAAAGAACAGACAAAUGCAGAAGAAGGCGAAGUUGUGAAAAAGAAGAAAAAGAAAAAAGAGAAAAAACAUAGAGCUGAGGAAGAGGCCGCUUUGGCUGAGGAGCCAUGCACUAGUACAGAAGUUGAGAGUUCAGAGAAGAAGAAGAAGAAGAAGAAAAUCAAAGAGCAAGAAGACUAAGAGGGAAAAUUGAACCCUUUUGGUCUCUGCUUCUCAUACUAUUCUCUGGAACAGUUUCCCUUAAGUUCUUCUUCAGAACCUUCCUGUACUGAGAGGGAGGGCAAGUGGAAGAUGAAUUUGACAGCCAUCUCCUGUGUUUUCCUAGAACAGAGUAUUUCAAUUGUCUCUGCUCCUAGGAAGGCCACUAACCUUUUAUAAUUCCUCUAAUUGAUGAGGUCACAAUAUGUCCUUUACUCUUACAGUCAUUUCUUGUGAUAAUAAAAAAACUUGCCUUUUGUAUAGAUUUUUGAGCCAAGUUUUGUUUUACCUUGUUCCAAUUUGUUGGCACAUAACUCAUUUCUGUAACAUUUCUACGUUAAUUGAAUUAUGUUCAGUUUAUAACCAGUAAAAGAAAAGAAAAUCUGGUAUUCUCAACUUUUUUUUUUUUUUUAAGCUUAAAUGUUGUUAUAGUGAUUGUCUAUAAAGAUGGGUUCAAAACCUGUCAUACUGCUCCUCCUGCUCUAACAUUGUUGUAAAUAGUUAUUUAUAAGAAUUUUGGGAAAAUGCAUGUAUAGAAUGGAUGAGCUACUUUCUCAGCUAUGUACAGUGCAAUGGUCAUGAUAAACGUUUGGAAUUUGGAAGUGAUGAUUACAGAAUGACUGACAAGAUUGAGAUGCAUGUGUUUUGAAGUAAUAGGAGUUAUCUUCCAGAUUGUUAUUGUUGUCAUGACCAAGCCUUAGAGUAACUCAGUUUUUUGCCACUUAAAUACAAAGGAUCAUAUUCAUCAACAGCCUAAUGAAUAAGCUAAAAAAGGAAAGCUUUUUCCUAUUAUAGAAUUAUUACUUGAGUUAUUUCUGCUAUUAAAUGUAAUUAUAUUAGCAUGAGAUUUCAGAAGACUAAUAGUUGAUCUUGAAAUAUGGAGUUUACAACGGAUAAGUAAACUUAAUCUUUUUCCCACCACUUAGUACAGAUUACUUUUGCUUAUAACCUGAUGCAUUCUUUUUUCUUAUUAUUUCUAUAAGCCAUUUUAUAUUCUUCUUAACCAAGAUGACAGGUGCUCUGUCUGGCUUGGAAGACAUUUGUUAUCUUAUGAUAGCUGUAGGUUUUUAUAAUGAUUUUCUGCAUCAGAUAAUUUAUUGUCCAGCUUUUCCCAUUUAACUACAUUCAUACAUUUUAAUUGGUUCAAUGUAAACAGAUAUGUUGACUCUCUAUAAUGAAAAUGUUAAACAAUUGCUGUAGUUCACCAUGUUAGUAUAGAAGAGGUAAAAUGUAUUCCUUUCCCUUCCCCCUCACUGUCUGGAGAACACCAUAGUCACCUUUUAAAGUUCCACUAUGGGAAGAGGUAUGGGGCCCCUACUAGACAGAGCUGCUCAAGAGAUGCUCUGAUUCAGUAUAUCAGAGUCCCAUUUUUGGCCAUAUUCCUGUGGGGCGCGCACUGCUUUUCCUUGGUAGGUCAGGAUGGGUGGGUAUUUGUAAAGCUGGCGUAGCCCAUGCUGUUUUUUCACUGUCAAGACCUCAAUGCAAAUGGAACUCUUGGCCAAUACAAAUACUGAGAAUUUACAGGCCAUUUGUUCUCUUGCUGGCCUAGUAAAAUUGUAUAGUAAACCUGAAUCAGCAGACAGGUACAAUUAUCCAUGACAAGAUGGAAAUCUUGGUUAUGAUGCCCUUAGUCUCUUUUAUUAAAAAUGUAUUUUCAAAUACAAAUCGUUACAGGCAUGAGGCUUCAAUAUCCUCUUCACUAUUAAUGUAAUCACUUCCCCAACAGUCUGAGAUAAAUUAUGUAUGUGCUGCUCAGGAACUGUCCUAGAUAAUUCAUCCCAAUCAGAAAAAUGCUAUGAACAUCUCAGUGGCUAAAUACAAGUCUAAGAGAUCAGGAUUUUUACAAAGAUUAUUCUAUGCUGCUACAUUUUUUUUUUUGUUUUGUUUUCCUUAAAUCUUAUUACUUUUAUAAUAAGCAAAAAUGUGUUUUAUCUGUGUUCUUUUAUUUAACAUGUUUCAGUGAAACAUUUAAAAGCCAGGCUCCACCAUCCAAGACAACACAUUACUGCCAAGUCAUGCAGAAAAUCUUGGAAUUGUUUGGCUCUGCCUUUCCUCCUAGGACGGUGAAUCAAAUUAAAUAGAAUUUGCCUUAAUCUGUCCCUGAAUCCAGGUUUCACCCAGGGUGCCUCCAGAUCCUUUGAAGGGUGCCCUGAGAUAAGGAGAUAACCACAAGAAAUGAGCAGGUUUUAGGGAAGAAGCGCAGAUACGGGCUUCCUUUCCUGGCCUUUCCCCUGCCUGCAUCACCCAGGCCCCUUUGCAAGGAUAAAUGCUAAUAAAUCAGUUUUUGAAAUGAGGUGCUAUUCACUUCACAAAAGGUAUGCAGGGGAUGCCUUGCGUCUAAAAAGGUUGAGAACUACUGCCCUAAAUCUUAAAAAACGCUGCAGGUUUUUAUGUAACCAUAUAAAACAGCAUUCUACAUAUUUUUUUUAUUUGGAUAAGUGCAUUAGCUUGAUAAUUCUUCUAUAAUGGUCAGUGAAACUAAUAGUGACACCAAACCUAUAAUCAUUGUAUUCCAGAGUUGGCAUACCUGAAUGAAGGUGUUGAUCAGUACAGACAGAUAACUGACCUGUUUGCUGAAGGUUUGUUUUUUUAAGAUUGUGUUUAUAAUUGCAGAAGUGUGGGGGACUGAAGACCUGAAUUGACACAGUCCAGCGACUGGUAGAAUGGUUUAUUUCUGUAGUUUGGUAAUACUGUAUGUAUAUGACUCAUAGGGGUGUUGGUAACUAUUUAAGGUGCAAGGCAGUGAAGAACUGAACCAUUCAAUUUUUUACAGUGAAAGAUCAAAUCCUCAAGCUUUAAUUCUUCAGCAAUUUUAAGAGGAAUUAUGCAGGAGGGUAAUCACAUUUUAUAGAGAGCCCAUAUUAUAGAUGAUUAAAUGAAAUUAUAUAGUCUCUGGGAAGGGAUUUGAACCACUUCUCUUUUAAGAAAAUGGGCCACUCAGCUUGUCUAUGUGUUAUAAAGUAAAAGGAACCUAAACUAAUAACAUGGACUAGGUACACCUCAGUACAGAAUCUGCAUCUCUGUACCUGUCUAAAUUGAUAACAAUUUGCAGGGAUCCCACUAGCCUAUUCACUCCUAAUUGCUAUGCAGGCUAUUCUAUGUAGGAUUGAAGGACCAUGUUAAAUUAUUUACUUUUGAAAGUGUCAUGAGUGAGCUGCUGUGUCUCAUCUAACGGUAUCAUCACAACAAGAAAUUGUAUGAGUAAAAGUUACUGACCCAAAAGCAUCAGCUGCCCCAGAGAGGGGAGCAGUUUUCAGUGCAAUUGCAAGCAACCUUGAAAGUGAAUUCUGAUUUAGGUUAGACUAACUGAUUUCUGUACCCUAACAUGCUGUUGCCUUGCAGCCAAAUGAAAUCUUAUGACUUAGGGGGAGACUUACUAGCUUCUCUUGUCCAUAUGUGGCCCUGUCCUAGGAUUUAAAAUAAGUUGAGGCAAACCCUUUAAAACUCAAUUUAUUCAAAUUGGUGGCCAACUUCUUCACAUGAAAAUCCUUUAUCUAUCUAGCCAACAUGGAAAAUAUAUUCUCUCUACCUGCUGGAAAAUACAAACUCUGCUUCUUUUUUUUUUUUUUUUCUCUGCUAUUAAUUUCCCCAAAUAACUAAAGCACCCAAAAUGACUUGCAUCCUUCUUCAGUUGUUCAAGAGGCUUCAGAUAUCCCUUGGAAAAUUCCAUCUCUUAGUUUAACUUUAUGGAAAAGUAAUAGGGCAAUUAUUUUGCUAUAAAGAACUUAGGAAGACUACAACAGGUCAGAAUGUUUUUAACACUAUGAAUUCCCAUUUUAAACUUCUGGGUUUAUCUUGUGACCCAUUCUGCACAUGUAACAGUGCUAACGUUGCAUAGCAUCCUGAUCUCAAGGCACCUCUGGGUGCUGCAGCACCCUGGUUGAGAAUCACUGAUCUAGAAUUAGCACCACAAAUUUGACGGAUGCAAGGCCUGCUCCUUUCUGCUGGAUUUGUUACUCUAGCAUUGACAUGGGAAAUGAAGCAGGAAAUAAAUAGGCAAUAUAUAUAUUUUAGGUGUGGGUAACUGCCUAUUCAGGUGUCAGAAUUUAGCCCCCCCCCUCCCUCCCUCCCUCCCUAUACAUGGUCAGGG